AUGCAGAGACGCUUCAGCGAUUCCCGCCCCUUCAAGCAGAGGAAAAGUUUAGGCAAUCGAACGCGUGAAGUGGCUGAAAUCAGGGAAAGGUAUCCAAGGAAGAUCCCGGUGGUGGUGGAGCGCUACCAUAAGGAAAGAGAGCUUCCCCUACUGGACAGGACCAAGUUCUUGGUCUCUCAGGACCUGUCCUUGUCUCAGUUCUCCCUCACUCUCAGGUCCCGCCUCUCCCUGUCGGCCACCCAAGCCUUCUACCUCCUGGUGAACAAUAAGAGCCUGCCCUGUCUGAGCCUAACCAUGAUGGAUAUCUACAAUGACAGCAAAGACGAAGACGGCUUCCUCUACAUAACAUAUGCUUCUCAAGAGAUGUUUGGCAACUGUUGCUGUUACCAAGGUCAAUGAGAUGUUGCAGUCACAAGGCCUACACAGCUGUCUCAGGGGAGACACCGCUUCUUGUGAAUGAGAAGGACGUUUAAAAAUGUCUUUGUGAGAGCGUCAUGGUGGUGUAAUUUGUGGUAGGGCAGAAUCUGAUAUUGUGGCUCUCUGUCCUCCGAGCUGUUUAACUGCCAUCUACUUUUUACAAUGGCUCUUGUGGGUCACGAUGCUCAAAGGUUCCUUUCAUCAGCUCCGUAGAGCCGAUACCGUUCAUCUUUCUUUUUUUUAAACACUCUUGUGCCGUAGCUAACCUUUUUAAAAUAGAGCUUCACUUCAUCCAUGUUUUGCGCACCUGGGCUGACUUCUUUUUUAAAAACCAUGCUGAUGGAGAUCCUGGGGAGAGUUCCACUGGAAGAAACUUUUUAACUGCACAACUGUUUGGUUACUACAUCUGGUUUUUUUAAAUGAAAGAAUAGAACCUUUUUCCUAUGAGACUACAAUAAAUAAAUAAAUGGACCUGAUGCUUUGA